GUGAAAUAUGAACAACUCGACCGUGAAAUUCACGUCCGCCUUGUGGCCUACGAGAGCACUCGUGGCGUUCCGGCGUGGUUGUUAAAGAGCCGAGAGUACGAAUUGCAUUAUUUCAAUCCAGGCUCGGGUCCCACUGGCGACGCUGGUGAUGCUCGUUCGAGCGAUGCCGAAAGUGUAGUCCAGACCAGUCUGGAUGAGGAUACCUUUUGGGAAAUGCUCACGAUUGAGCGGAUUUGA